CACAGUUUCCAAACAACUCAGUUAAUGAACACAUUCUCAGACUCACUUAUAUUGAGUAUCACUUUGGGUGCAUCUCUGACGCUGACACAGAAAGUCUUUUGAGGUUUCACGGCACUCGGCGUAACAAAAACAUCAGUUAUUUAUAGAGCUGGCCUUGACUCGAACUGCGAGGACCCCGGGCGCAACACUCGCCAGAGAAAGGGACCACAAUGUCAUUCCUGUUUGGCAGAGGCAGGGCGAGGGCAAGUACAGUGGACUUGCCGAAACAGGCAAAAGAACAAAUCCAAAGACUAGAUGGCCCUGGCGGGGCAGCAAAGACAGAGGAGCUGUCCAAAACGUUGUUACAGAUUAAACUUAUACUGCAGGGAAGCCCAGAGGCUGAGAGUAGCCCAGACCAGGUUUACCAGCUUGUUACUGGGAUGAUAUCGGAAGACUUGCUGUAUCUGCUUGCGACGAAUCUCCACAUGCUAUCCUUUGAGUCACGGAAGGAUGCACAGAGUAUCUUUUCCUACGUCCUUCGAUUUCGAUCAGCAGGCGCAUCUCCGAAAAGCGACCCAGUUGCACUUAGCUACGUUAUAAGCAACCGACCGGAAAUCUUGGUGGCACUUUGCAACGGAUAUGAACAUAAAGAGAGCGCAAUACCUGCGGGAACUGUACUAAGAGAAGUACUGAAAAACGACGCAGCUGCGGCAAUAAUCUUAUACGACGACUCCGGAAAUGGGGGCAAUGGUUCGAAAGGCCUAACUGGAAUACAACCAGAAGUGCAGCAGAGUGGGAACGGUGUCUUCUGGAAGUUUUUCGAGUGGAUUGAUAAGGGAUCCUUUGAAGUGGGAGCAGAUGCCUUCACAACAUUCAGAGAACUUUUGACGAAGCAUAAGCAAAUAGUUGCACAAUACCUAUCGACCAACUUUGACCUGUUUUUUGACAAAUACAACAACAUCCUUGUAAAAUCGGACAGUUAUGUUACGAAACGGCAGUCCAUCAAGCUCUUGGGGGAGAUAUUAUUAGACAGAGCUAACUAUGCGGUAAUGACAGCAUACGUGGACCGUGGGGAACAUCUGAAAAUCUGCAUGAAUUUGCUGCGAGAUGACCGAAAGAUGGUUCAGUACGAAGGGUUCCAUGUCUUCAAAGUUUUCGUUGCAAAUCCACACAAGUCGAUCGCAGUCCAAAAAAUACUCCUUAUAAAUCGAGAGCGGCUGGUCAAAUUCCUCCAGCACUUUCUCGAAGAUAGGACUGAGGAUGAACAGUUCAUUGACGAGAGAGAAUUUUUGAUCAAACAGAUCAACAACAUGCCCGCGCAACCAGUGGAACCUCUCCAAAAGCCAGCGUUGCUUGGUUCUCAACAAAGGUAGUGUCCGGGAUACAGUACUGCUGGUGAUAGUCAGUCCCAGUGGAAACUUAUUUUAUGGACAAAAGAUUUUUGAUUGCCAAUGGGCUAUUCCAUAAUCUUCGACCUUUCUCAGUACAACAUGGCUCCAAAAUAGCCAACGACAAGCGUUCGUCUUUGUGGCGUUUUGGGUAUGAGGCGGGUCUCGUAUGGCAUCUCAAAUUCUCUAUCACCUGGGUCUAAAGCUGGCAGGAGACUUGGGAUUUGCCGUAGUAUACCGUUUAACAUGUGCUUAACCUGGCCUCGAUUCUGUGACCAUGGAGUUAUGUAAGUUAUGUAGGGUUGCUUGGGAAUGGAAACGGUUCCAAAGUUUCAAGAAUAUGAGUGAUUGCGGUCUGUGGGUGGAGUUUAUAAAGAUAAAUAGAGCGUAAUCCGAACGAAUAUCCAGGAA